AUGGAUAUCGGUCCAGGUAGAUCUGUCACAUUUAAAUUUGCAUUGCGGAAAGCAGUAUGUGAUGAUGUCAAAUUGAACAUUAUGGCUAAGACUGAAUCAGUUCGACGUAUUUGUCCGAUUGGAUAUCACAGUAAGGAUGGCACAUGCAUUGACAUAAAUGAAUGUGAAUCUUCUCGAGAAAUAUGUCACAAGCAAGCAAAUUGCAUCAAUACCAUUGGAGACUAUUCGUGCAUGCGCAAUUGCCCAUCAGGUUUUAAAGCAGGUCCACAAGGUGACUGUGAGGAUAUUGAUGAAUGCACCCUUGGUAUUCACAAUUGUACAGAUGGUGUGCUAUGUAUGAAUAGACCGGGUACUUUCUUAUGUGAAACAUCAUUAUGUGCCGAUGGAUAUGUUCGAGAUUCUAAUGGUCAUUGCAAAGAUAUAGAUGAAUGCGCAGAAUCGUUAUGCGGUAGUUUAGAAUGUUUAAAUCAUUUAGGCUCAUAUAGUUGCAUUUGUCCAACAGGCUUCCCAGCUGACAGUAUUGGUCAUUGUGAAGAGUUGCAAACGAGUUUAACUGAUUUAAAAUUAAUUAGAUUUGAUGAAAAUUGGAACGUUUGUGAACCGGGUUACUAUCGUAUCAAUGAAACAUGUCAAGAUAUUAACGAAUGCGUAUUCAAUUUUCCAUGCAAGUAUGAAUGUGAAAAUAUUGAAGGCAGUUAUAAAUGCUUGUGUCCAAAAGGUUACAGAGUGGAGCAAAAUAAUUGUACCGAUAUAAAUGAAUGCUUAUAUGAUCCAUGUUCCGAGAAUGAAUUAUGUUUUAAUCAGUUGGGAAGUUAUGAAUGCCUUGCGACACCAUGUCCAACUGAUUAUCAUUUGGAAGAUCAGAAAUGUAUGCCGAAUUGCAAGAACUGUUCUAAUUCACCUAUUAUAAUAUAUACGAUAUCAGUGCCGAAAAGCAUACCACCUUUAACUCCGUUACUGCGUUUAACAGCUUAUGAUCAUCGAUCGAAAGUGCUUCAUCGAACGCGGUUUAUUAUGAAAUCAAUUUCAAAAUUCACCAAACAUAUCCCAUUUAUUUUUAAAACAAAAAAUGGUCGAGCAACGUUGCAAAAUGCAGAAGAUCCGCUUGAAGCAGGAACAUAUAAACUUGCCAUACGAAGCAUCUCAAAGCUACCUUAUAGAGCACGAAAAUUGCUAAAUGAUUUCAUUGUCUUUAUUUCUGUCUCCGAAUAUGAUUUUUAA